AUGAGCGCCGUUGGUCGCAAUGCGCCGCUCUCUCCGAUCUCUGUAGGUGGAAACGACUGGUCUAUGCCGAAAUAUCCUGGUGGCGACGGCCCUUAUCCCAAUAGUCGCGGCAACCUCGCCUCGCCCCCGAACUCGGGCGGCUCCCACAGCAACAUGAGCAUCAACGGUUUUCCUGGCGGUCCCAGGAGCACCGGCGGCCCCUCUCCGCCCCCCUCGGUCGGCCGUUCCUCCAGUGGCACCAACAUGUACGCCAGAAGCGAUCUUGGUCCUCCCAACGGCGGCCCCGGCCAAGGACAAGGACCCCAGCAAAGGGGCGGCGAGCUCGACGAGGCCGUCCUCCACGAACACUACCUCACCCUCCGCGUCUUCCUCAACUCGCGCGACUCGGCCGCGAAGCAGCAGCCUAACAAGGCGCGCGAUAAGCUCCUGCGACUCUCCUCCGUUCAGUUCUUCGAGCUGAGUACCGACGUCUUUGACGAGUUGAUGCGCAGGCAGGCCUCUGCUCGCAUCCCUCAGAAUGCUCCCAACCGCCCGCCCGCCUUUCUGCUCCCCGAAAAGGCCUUUCACCCAAAGCGAAACCAAGCCCGUCAGCGACUCUCCUCUCUCGGUCACCCCCGCUUUCGAGACUUGGCCGCCGAUGUCUUUUCAGAGCUCGAGCGCCGAUUUCCAACAUUUGUCGGAGGCGAGAUUCCUCGUGGAAACAGCGCCAUGUCCAACCGCAGCGGCGGUCGCACAGGCACUCCGGUCAACGGCGGCUAUCCUCCCAGAGGUCAGAGCCGCAUGAGACGUCCGUCAGACGCAAGCUCGAUGAGAGGUGGUCCUCCACCGCCAGACCCGUACGGCGGUAUUCCUCCCUCUCCAAAUCUUGGCGGUGGUGACUACAAUCGACCUAUGCCCAGGCAGUUCAACCAAAAUAAUACCAUAAUUCCCAACAAGAGUACUAUGCUCGAAGAAGACGACGGCGAGGGCUCAUCAGAAGCUGACAAGAAGCUCAUCGAGGACUACGAGCUACAACUACGAGAGUUACGCGACAAGCUGGCCGACAUGGAAACGCAGAAAAGAAACGACGAUUCGCAAGCAAAGCAGGAAUGGGCCGACAAGCUAGCCGAAGCCGAGAAACGAAACAGCUCAAUGCAGCAAGAGCUGGAGAAACUACAAAAUAAUCACGAGCGCGAAACCCGCGACCUUCAGUCGAGGCUAGAGGAGAUGGAACGUAAUUCUGUUAGUAUGCAAGGUGGUGGAGAGUUGGAAAUUGAGAAUGAGGAGCUACGCAACUCGCUCAAUCGACAGCAACGAGUCACCGACGAGGUCCGCCAAGAGGCUCAGGAAUUUCUCCGUGAGAUGCGGACGCUUUCCGAGCAGAGCCACGCUCGUUACGAGAAGCAAGUCGAGCUGGAGCGCAAUGUCGAAACACUCGAGGCCGAAGUCAAGGAAUGGCGAAACCGUUAUGCCCGCACAAAGACGCAACUUCGCAGUCUGCGCUCUUCGUCGCUUGGCCUGGCCGAGGAUAACGAAGGCGCACGCAUGAUUCGAGAAAAGGGCUUUGGCGACGACAAUGGCCUCGUCAAGGACGUCCACGUCACCAAGUACCAGAUCGCCAUCGAUGAGCUGCUCCAGUCGGCGCGCAGAGACAAUCCGGAAAAGACGAUUGACGCAAUGAAGGCUGUUGUGGUCAGCGUGCGGCGAAUUACGAGAGACGCCGACGGCGUAGCGCGACACGAUGAGCAGCUGGCCCAGCAGCAAGGCAAGCUCAAGGCCAGAGUCUCUGCGACGGCCAACAACCUCAUCACAACAACCAAGCACUUUGCUUCCGGGGCGGGCAUCUCGCCAGUGUCGCUAGUGGACGCCGCCGCGUCUCACCUGACAGUAGCCAUCGUCGAGCUGCUCCGCGUUUGCAAGAUUCGCCCCACGCCAGCCGGUGAGCUGGAAGACGACGAUGACGGAUCGAUCACACCAGUGGAUUCGGCGAGCUUCUUUUCGCCUCGCAGCACAUCACACGCGGGAUCUGCGCAAAACUCGUUACCAGCGCCCCCGGCAUUCCAAGGAUUGAGCGGCAUGCGAGCGAGUGCCGAGUCGUCGGCCUACAGCCCCAUCAGCUCACCGCGAGAAUCAAUGGAUCCAUAUGGACGGAACGGCACCAAUGGCAUGACGAAUGGUUAUGGCCACGGCGGCAACGGCCACGAUGACGGAUACAAGGUGUACGACGGCUACUAG